UUAACUUGUUUCCCCCAUAGCUGCGCAGUAGUGACAAUGUAUUAACUGCUAAAGCAACAAUGCAAUCAAUUUGCGUGACAUGCCUUAUUGCUGUGGUGGUACUACAGCAACCCACUGUAAAUGGCAAACACCAGCAGCCAGAUGGAGAAGGAACUCUCAAGUUUUCCUGUGCCGUUAAUGAGGAGGUGGUUCCUUGCAAUUUGCCUCAAGGUCAGCUGCAGGACUCUGGCAAAAUCACAUUGGAAGUGUACGCUGGACAGACCAUUAAGGUGUCCUUACAGAACAUAUCUGAACAUGCCUGCUCCUGGCACUGGGGGAGCAGGGAGCACACCUCCAAACCAACUGUUACUGGGAAGCACAGGGAGGGGGCCUUUGUGUUUCUUUUUCAAGCCACUGACAGACAUGCUGGAUUGGCCACCAUCCACUGCAGAAAUGACAGUGGAAACAUUUUGCUGAAUAUUAAACUCAAACUAAAAAGGCCCUCCAAACCUUACUUGAGUGUUGUUAAGAGGGGUGUUGGCUAUGCUCCAUACUUUGUGUGUAAGUCAGAAGGAAGUCCUGUCCCGGAAAUAACAUGGUAUAGACAUUUCAACAAGUCCAGUAUCAUUCCCAAGGGUGGAAAUACGGAUGAAGCAGCUAGUAUGGAGAGCAAGAUUGAUAGCUACAUGUACCGUCAGACCACUGUGAUGUGUUGUGCUUCGAACCCAGUGGGAGAAGAGUGCUCUUUACUCUACGACUAUGAUCUGGAUGACUCAGACUCCAGUCCUCCUGUCGUGGUGAUUCGUGGCCAGACUCUUCUGAUGCGCUGCAGAUCCAGCAGAACGUAUGGCGAUCUUCAAUGGAUCUUCAAUGGCACAAAGGUUGAUCAGAGGUCUGGAUGCCUCUUUCUGAACAGCAGUGAUUUAGGCACCAGUGCUGAAUUCAGCUGCAAAAAUAUAAAAACAAAUCAAACCAAGACAGCGAAGAUUAACGUCUUGGGCAAAGGAUUCAUUAACGUUACAGGGCCGGAUGAGGUCAACAAUAUCAAAGCCAGUGAGAAGUCUGGGUUCUGUAUCAGUGCCACAGUGCAUUCCUUCCCCCUGGCUGAUUGUCACUGGGUUACCCAAACUGGAGAGAGAGUUAAAUGCCCGGGGAAAGAGCAUGUGUGGAAAGGAAUGAGCACCUACGAACUGUGUGGUCAAGAUUCUGGUGCGUAUCAACUGCAGCUGGAGAAUAGUGACACCAGUGUCACCAAGAAUGUGUCUUUGUGUGUCACAGACAGCCCAACUUUGAAGCUCAGUCAAAAUGGCAUUUCAAUUAACUGUGUGACUAACAGCACACAGCCAUGGAAUCUGACUUGGAAAUCAUGCCAGUUAACAGAUAAAUAUAAUUGUUCGAAGCCCUCGUCCUGGAAAGAGAAGCUCCCUGAGAUGGCUCCUGAGCUGUCCAACUCAGGGCAGUACUGUCACAAGAGGAUCGAGAGCACCAUUCCAUCUGAGGACGUGCGAGGCCACUAUCUGCAAUGCUGCCUCCAAAACCUAGCCGGCAAGCGGUGCAGCGACAAGAUUCUCAUAGAGAACUCGCCCAACACCACUUAUCUGUUAGGUGUCAUCUGUAUGCUGGUCGUGAUCAUUCUCCUGGUCACGUUAUUACUCUUGUAUUUUGUCAAGAAGAAGAAACCAGUGUACCAGAGCCAGCUGCAGAUGAUUCAGAUGGUCGGCCCCUCUGACAAUGACUACAUUUACAUCGACUUCAGAGAUUUCAAGUAUGAUCAGAAAUGGGAGUUUCCUCGAGAAAACCUUGAGCUAGGGAAAGAGCUGGGUUCAGGAGCCUUUGGCAUGGUGGUGCAUGCUACAGCCUACGGGAUUACCAAGCCAGGGGUUUCCAUGCAGGUGGCCGUCAAAAUGCUUAAAGACAAACAUCAGGAAGUUGAGCGGGAGGCUUUGAUGUCAGAACUGAAGAUGCUAAGUUAUAUUGGGCACCAUACCAACAUCGUUAACCUGCUAGGAGCAUGCACACAUUCAGGGCCCCCCUACCUGAUCUUUCAGUACUGCUGUAAUGGGGACCUCCUGAACUACCUGAAGAACAACAGAGAGAGCUUCCACAAGUGUCUGGCCGACGCAAUCACCAAGGAUCGAUUCACCAGCCUGUACCAUAACUACCAGACAAAGCAAAGCACCAGUGACUAUCAGCACCCCGUCAGCCCGUAUGUGCCCAUGUCUCCAGUGAAGGAUCAGGAGUUUGUUGCUCUCCUCAGUCAAAGCCCAACCUCCAUGGACACUUUAGAAGCAGAUUUAGGAAGUGUUGGAGGAAGAACAGAGAUGGAGGAGAUACUUGAAGACUUUCAGGAAGACGAUCUACAGGUCCUUACAUAUGGGGACCUCCUCUGCUUCUCUUACCAAGUGGCCAAAGGAAUGGAGUUUCUGUCCACCAAAAAUUGCAUUCAUCGUGAUCUAGCAGCCAGAAACGUCCUGUUGACACGAGGCCGUCUUGUGAAGAUUGGGGACUUUGGCCUGGCCAGAGAUAUUGACAAUGACUCCAACUACGUUGUGAGAGGCAAUGCACGUCUCCCAGUGAAGUGGAUGGCGCCCGAGAGCAUCUUUAAGGGGAUGUACACUAUGCAGAGUGACGUGUGGGCUUACGGCAUUCUGCUGUGGGAGAUCUUCUCUCUGGGUGUAACACCUUAUCCUGGUAUAAAGGUGGAUAACCAUUUCUACAGUUUGAUAGAGCGGGGAUUCCAAAUGGAACAGCCAUACUAUGCCAGCGAAUCAGUGUAUCGCAUGAUGCGUCGCUGCUGGGCCCUGGAGCCCCAGGACAGACCGUGCUUCUCCAAACUGGUGGUCUUCAUGGAGAAUGAGCUGGCUGAGAUGGAAGAGAAGAUUUACCUCAAUGUUGGGGAACAGAACAACAACAGCUCCAUCUACCAGAAUACUCCGACUAUGGUGGGCGACGCUGAGCCUUUUCUAAUGUCUCAGACGGAGAGCAGUGCAGACGAGAACGCCACAGAAUCCUUAGAUUCCUGUUUCGGGGGAACAUGAACUCAAUUUGUCAGCUUUAGUAACGUCAGCAUGCCAUUUGUAUGUGACAACUGUCUCCCAGCGAUUUGCACUAAGUUUUAUCAAAUUAAUUGUACAGUAUGUAGCAUACCAUGCUACCACUUUAUCCUUCUACUACACUUUGACUAGCACUCAUCUUCUAGUAAUAGUAUUGAUUGAUGCAGUAUUAAUUCUCAUCUUAAUUAAGAUCUCAUUUGCACUGUAGCUUGAAUGUAAUUCCUCAUUUUUUUGUAUGUUGCUUUGGAUGAGUGUCUGCUACAUGCAUAGGUGUAAUGUAAGAAGAAUUAGAAUAGAAUUUGAUAUUAUUCGGUAGAAUUUAAUAUUAUUGUAUAUGUCAUAAAUAAUUUAAUAUAUUUUGUUACAGAUGGGAAUAAUGGCAUUAAGCUAUUUGGUUGUGUACAUCCACUGAAAGCAUACAGGGGAAGGCCUGAUGUCAUUAUUUUCAAACCUACUAACUUUUUUUUACCUCCACCAAGGAGGUUAUGUUUUCAUCGGAGUUUGUUUGUUUGUUUGUUUGUCUGUCUGUUUGUUUGUUUGUUCGCAAGAUAACUCAAAGAGUUAUGGAUGGAUUUUGCCGAAGUUUUCAGGGAAGGUCUGAAAUGACCUAAGGAAGAAACUAUUACAUUUCGGGAGUGAUCCGUAUUACCGUCUGGAUCCAGGAAGCGGCUAUGUUUUCGCUUGGUGGAGGUCUGCGCUCUCGGAGUGCUUUUCUAGUUUGAUUUUUUUUUUUACUUUUUAUGCCACAUUACCAAAAAGCGAUAUUAUUUUUAUGCAAUUAUACUUUAAUGUGUCUCUUUUUGUGCUGGGUCUGUUUAGAGGGACUGUUUAAAGAUUCAUGAACUGGGAUAUUGUGUAUUGUGGAUUAUCAUUUAUUUUUUUAAUUUGGAGAAAACAUGAGACUAAGGGCUCUUCUUUGGCGAUCAGAAACGCGGCGCAAAGUGGCGCAAGGUGCGACGCAAAGCUUAUUCUCAUUUGACACCCAGUCAGUGCUGGAUUUUGUGCCAUGCUCUCCAUUUUAUUAAAUCUUGUGCCCAGGAGUUGGCAGAAGGUGUGCUCUGGCCCAAAAAGUUAUGGCCUGGUAUUUUACACCCUCAAAAAAUCAUUAGGCCACUGACCAAGAAAAACCUGGUCUAAAAGCGCAGCUGAAGAGUGAAGAUGCACUGUCACAAGAUGUAAGCAGCCCUUAGCAAGCAGUCCCAAACAACUUCUCUGCCAGAUAAAUAUCCUUAGGAUUUGUAUUCAGUCAUUCAAAGUUAAUGGUAAGGGUUGUUUUUUUCAGGCUAUGUGAAAGUAAGUGUGUAGAACUGUUUUGCCUAUGAGACCACAGCGAUGAUAAUUUCACUUUGCCUCUCAAUUUAAAUAAUAGAUGAGUGCAGAAUGCAUGCUGUCACAAACAGACUUCUGCAAAACAAGGUUUAGUGGAAUCCUGGUGUUCUCUACACGGUCUCACAUACGAGCAGAUUCCUUCAAAUGCGCCGCUGGCUGGCAACAUAUAGAUGUGCUGCUUGAAGUUUGAAGAAGAACAAACGUGUUGAGCAAUGCACCUGACAUUUGACAACAAAACCACCCCGAGUGUGGACUGGACACACCCCUAAAUGUAUUUAAGCAUUUCGCCACUGACCAUGCGUUUCUGAUUGGCAAGAUAUCCCUAUGUGAUUUUACAAUGUUUAUUAGACACUGUUUCUCACAAGGGGGCAGCAUACAGUAUCACCUUUAAGUUAUAUCUUCUAUUUUUAUAUUUUCAGAUGCUGUAUGUAACUAAGAGAAAUAAACAUGUAUUAUUUUACCACAAA